CAUCGUCGCCACCCCAGUCCGACAGAGCAACGACGCCCACACAUCCCACAAUGCUCGGCGCCGCAGGAAUCCUCGUCCGUGGCACCGGCCGCACCAUGGCCGCCCGUCCCUUUUCCACAUCGGCUCGCCGCAUGGCCGACGCCGCCGCCGCCGCGCCGCUGCCCGCGCGGAAACCCAUGGGUGCUUUCCGGGGAGGACUCUUCGGCUUCCUCUUCGGCUGCGUCCUGUCGGGCGGCGCCGUCUACAGCUACGUCUUGAACGAGUACAAGACCUCCAACGACCUCCUGACCGAGGACAUCUAUACCCUUCAAGCCUCCGUCACGCGCCUGACCAACUACGUCAAGAACCUCGAGGAAAGGACACAAGCAAGAAAGUGAGGAACGCUCGCGCAUCGUUGGAGCGUCGCGGGAGCCAUCGCAGACUGCGGUUCCGCUGGCCGUCGCGUGGAGCGGCGAGCCCAACCACGGGGAGAUGCGUGAUAUACGUGCCGGAGGCUUGCGACUGUACUAUUACCCGCUCGAACCAGAUUCAUCACAGUGACGACCGCAGGGACCAGCCGCGUUUCAUGGUAUCGCAUCGCAUCGCAAUUGCUCAGUGACUGCAAACUACCGCGCAAACCUAUGGAAACCCCCAGGUAUUCAGAUAACCUGCAAAUCCGCGCCCGGGAAUAGUCAUGAUCGUGGGGCGUUGGGCGCUCCCUUUUACACACAAAGAGUACAUGGUCACGUUUACAGUUCGUCGUGCUCCUCCUUCUCCUCCUUGGC